GGCUGGCGUCACACAAGGAGCAGGUUUGGGAUUGGCUACAACUGUCACCUGAACAGCCAGAGAACAUAUGGGGUCCCAUGGGCACCGUCAUUUCGGUUUCAAACAGGAAGGAGUCCGCUGACGUUAAAUCUUCGGUCAAUAUGUCCAACAACACCACUCACUGCCCCAACGUCAGCACAUACGAGUUCAACAUCUUUGCCGUGUGCACGUACUCCUUCAUCUCCAUCGUGGGCCUCAUUUUUAAUUUGAUGGCGCUGGCCUUUUUUUUCAGACACACCAAAUCCAGAUCACAAACCAUUGUCUACAUGACCAAUCUGGCCAUAGCGGACACACUGCUCAUCCUCACGUUGCCCAUGAGGAUCUACCACCAUCUAGGUUUCACUGGUCUUCCUCAGUGGCUGUGUGACGCCCUUGGUUUGGUCCUGAAGGCCAACAUGUACGGCAGCAUCUUCCUCCUUACUUGCAUUUGCUUUGACCGUUGCGUGGCCGUCAGCUUUCCUAUGGCAGAGCGUGUCCAGAAAGGGAGACAGAAAGCACCUCUGAUCUGUCUCGGAGUAUGGUUGUUCACCUUCGGAGCCAGCCUGCCGAUCUACUUCUCCAAACUCAAAGAAAAUUCCAAUGUGACAUGUUACACGUGUUUUGAAAGCCAGCCAGUCUACUCUACACAACCUGUGGUGGUUUCAGUCACAUUGUUUGUGGGGUUUGGGAUUCCAUUUGUAAUUAUGCUGAUCUGCUCCUGGGGUUUGCUUCGUGCUGUCCAACAAAGCACUGUGGCCCAGACCAGCCUCGUGGACAGCAGAAAGAUCCAGAGGAUGGUUGCUGCCAGCCUUCUUAUUUUCCUGCUCAGUUUCCUCCCGUACCAUGCAACCCUGCUUUUCCUCUGUCUGCACAAAAACAAUAUAUCAUCCUCCAUGCUGACUGCAUACCAAUAUAGCCUGAUAGCGGCAUGCCUCAACACAGUACUAGAUCCCAUUGCAUAUUAUUUCACCACAGAAACUUUCAGGAGGAAUGUAGACAUAAGUGCUGUUCAGAGAAUGUUCCUUUUGAAUAGUCAAAGUUCUGAAAUGGGAAACAGGAGCAGAGUGCCAAACAGUAGCUAAAGGGCUGCUGAAGAACCGAGCCAUGCUACCAUCCAUCCAUCCAUCCAUCCACCAUUUGUCUAUACCGCUUAUCCUCUUAAGCGGUCACAGGAGUGUGGGCUAAAGCCAAUCCCAGGAGACUUUGGGCAAGAUGCGGGGUACACCCUGAACAGGUCUCCAGUUUAUCACAGGGCUGACAUACAGAGACAAGCAAUCAUUCACUCUCACAUUCACAACUAUGGACAAUCUGGCGUAGUUGUGGCAACAGUGCUAACCACUGUGGCCUAUUGGUGCCACCAUCCAAAACCCUCAAACUUGGUUAUCAACAAAACCAUUAGAACCUUUGUUUUUACUUUAUAAAUGCAGGGAUUAAUUUAAACAUCAGAAUGGAGGAGCUAUGAGGAGUAAUGACUGAUUUUCUUUUUGGGAACAUACAUUUGUGUUAUCACUGUGCAGCCUCCUUACUUGUUGGGUUCUUUCAUAAAGUUACAAAAACAAAUGAUCAGACACAACCCCAACACUCCUGUAGUUGGAAAGCUGAUUGAACUGCUAAUAUAUUUAUUGUGUUUUGUAUAAUUUUGUAUAGUGUGUUUUGUAUCUGUAUAUCCCACUUUCAUGGAAGUCUACCUGCUAAGAAGUUACUCAGCCAAUAAAUGCUAUGAUAUGUA